CUUAUGUUGGGCGGCCGCCCGAUGGCCGCACCAGCUUCUCCGAAAAUUUUUCCUUAUAUUGAACAACCAGUCGACAUGCUUACUUCGAUCCGCACUUAUUCACCUAAAUUUUUGGAUCUCUAUCCUAUACCAACUUAUUUAUUAGGGCAAUAUUAUGGAGCAUAUUUGGUACAAUUUUCGCUUCUGUUUCUUCUUUAACAUUGUCCAAUAUCGUAUAUCAAAGAUUUUAACAAACGUUAUCUCAUCUAAUCUCAAGUAAAUAUUUCUCCGACGAGCGUACUUACUACCUACUUCUGGUCUUCCUAUCAUCAGUUCAACAAUGAAGCUUCUUGGAAAUACACACUCCGGAUAAAUUAAGCCAUCCCCAAGUUGAAAUAAAAUUGUCAUUUGAAAAUCCCUGGCAAUCCAAGAAUGUCACAAUAUUUGACAACUUGAUUACAGGACAAUCCAGACCGUCCAUUUUCAAGAACCCAUCAAAAGAUUGACUUAAUACUUUAUAGACCUUUUGCAUUAUUUUCCUAUAUCAAUGGUAGGCACCACCACAAGUUUCUUUAUCAAGAUUUUCUCACUGAGCAAAUCCUAACUGAAUUUUGAGUAAAGAUAAAAAUGGAAAGCAAACAAGGAGGAGAUGAAUAUGAAGACUUGUUGCCAGUAAUGGCAGAGAAGCUAGAUGUAGAUGCUUUUGUUAAAGAACUUUGUGGGGGAUUUCGGGUUCUGGCUGAUCCUUCAAGUAGAUUGAUUACUCCGCAAAGUUUACAGAAGAACUCUGCGUUUUUGGGAUUCGAAGGGAUGAGCAAAGAAGAUGCCGAGGCGAUGGUGAAAGAAGGUGAUAUUGACGGAGAUGGAUCGCUUAAUGAGAAAGAAUUUUGCAUACUUAUGGUGAGACUCAGUCCAGGAAUGAUGCAGGAUGCUGAAGCUUGGCUUGAGAAGGCGAUGCAACAUACGUCUUGAUUCUAUGGUUUCUAUACAUGUGUAGUAAGUUGUACUGACAGUCUCGUACCGAGACAGUACUAUUUAGGUCACGUUUCAUGUUCUUUAUCACCAGGACGACUCUUAAAUGACUGGGUAUUUAUCUUAUCAACUCUGUAUCUACUCUAUGAAGUUAUUGUUGAUGGAUCAUAUGAAUUUUUAGCAUUUUCCAUUA